UGGAAACUGAGACGCUGUAGCGCCAUCUUGGCUCCAAAUAGAACGCAAAGUUAUGGCACUACUUUUCUGCCAGUACUUUUCCAAACAUUUGCCUGGCUCUGAGAUGAUUAUUUAUCAUUUAUUCUAUCGCUUAUUCAUGCAUGACCGUGGCAUCUGUCCCAGAGGCGUGCUACCAUUAAAUAUUUAACGUCUCGGUUGUGUUUCCAUGGAAACAGUAUCACGCUCUCGUUUCGCUGGUGAUCAACAUGGAGUUUAUGGGAAGCAGUUAUGAUGGAGAUUACAAUAAUAGCAGGAUGGAGGGGACGGGUGAAUACACACUUCCCACUCACACCAGAUAUAUCGGAGAGAUGAAAGACGGCGUGUUCCAUGGAAAAGGAGUGCUGCAUUUCCCCAAUGGAAGCAAAUAUGAGGGAACUUGGGAGAAAGGAAUAUGCAAAGAGGGAAAGUACACAUUUUCUGAUGGCCUGGAGUAUAAAGAGAUGGACUGGGAUUACUGUGAUGGGAAAGACAGGCGGUUCUACUCUGAGAGGUGUAAUGGGCUCAAACCAGCAGGAGAAUCCCAGGUAACUGAUCAGGACCCCCCGCGGGCCAUCCCUGAUGGUUGCUAUGACAGCGGCGAUGGCUUUUAUGAUCCCAGCACUAGAGUCGUCAAAGACUAUGAUGGCAAUUUUCUCAGGAACACAGACGACCAAGAACACGAGUGGAUCGUGCGGACCUGCAGGAAGAGCUGGGAUGAGUUCAUUGGCCGCUGUCCAAGAAGCAACACACUAGAGGAGAAAGUUUCCUUGUGUAAUCACGCGUGGAUAAACAGCCUGAGAGAUCCUGACGCCCUAGACUCAACACAACCAGUGACAUCUCGUGGAGCAUCUCUUCAGAUUAUUGGCCUUAACGUAGAAAACAAACCCUUUCCUGCAACACAGCAUUGACUUUAAAGGGGCCAGUCAUUCACAUUGACGGGCAAUAAGCAGGGAAGGCUGGCCAAUAUCACACUGCCAUUCACAGGCCUUGCUGAGUGCUCUGCAAUCAUGCCAUAUCGCAGCCCUUCUAGCCUCAAUGCAAUUUCACAGCUUCCCUGUCGGAUCUCCCUCAUGCCUUCCCAUCAGCAUAUUACUAGAUCUUGAUACUUCUGAGAUUGAAUUAUGUAACUUGUGUUUGAUUUCUAACACCAUUCAGUCGCAUACAAGGAAAUACUGGCAAAUUUAACUCUACUAAUAAUCAAGUAAUCAAGUACUAUUUAGACCUCUCAUUACUACUAUUGACAUCAUCUCCUUUUGUGGACAGUAAAAUAUUUUUUUUUCUGUUUUGCAUAAUCCAAUACAGACAGCAAAAGAAAAAAAAAAUGUGCUUCAUGUGUUAACAUCUAACCAAUUAAAGUAUUAUAAAAUAUUUACUUACAAUAAGCUACAACUGUUAUUUUGGUCUCAGAUCAAUUGUUUGUGUGUUUUAUUAUUAUAAUAUAAAACGCAGUUCUAAUGGAGCUUUAGAGAAGACAAAUAUAAGAUUUCUAACUGAUGAAUAAUUUAGCUACAAAUACGAAAUGCUUCUAAUAAACAAUGCUAUGAAUAUCACGUUUUAUGAUGUUAUUUAUUGUUUAAUUGGUGGCCUUUUUCAAAGAUUGUAUCACUAGACAAUUAAUUAAAUUACAAACGGCGUAUUGCAUACUUAUAUGUAUUUGCUGUGGUAAGAAUUAGAUCGCUACUUU